AUGUUGGCUGUGAAAGUUUCAGUUGUCACACAUUCUUUUCCACAGUCGUUUUCCUCUCAUUCGCCUUUAAAGGCAGCAACUUUCCAUUCUCUUUCGGUGGCAUUAUCUCCCCGUUCAACUUACACUAGCAUCUCCUUCCCGUCCCUCUUUCGGUGGCAUUUCGUGGUAUUUCUUUUGAGUCCACCAUUCGGUGGUAUUUCGUUCCUCUUUUUGAAGCACUUCUCUCCCGUCUCCGUUUUGGAGCCAUUUCCUUCCUGUCCUCGUUUCGGUGGCAUUUCCUUCCCGUCCCUCUUUAAGGUGCCAUUUCCUUCUCGUCCUACUUUCGGUGGCAUUUCCUUUCCGUCCUACUUUCGGUGGCAUAUCCCCGCGCCCCCCUCUAAGGUGCCAUUUCCUUCCCGUCAUCCUUUCGGUAGCAUUUUUUUCCCAUCCGUCUUUAAGAUGCCAUUUCUUUCUCGUACUCUUUUCAGUGGCAUUUCCUUCCCGCCCCAAUGA